AGACCUUAAAACACCAAGGAUGGGAAGCCCCGCGCUCUCUGCCCUCCUACCUUUGCUGCUCACCCGAGCUUGGGCCUUUACCCAGGUCCGCUCAGGCACCCAUUCCUUGCAGUUUUUUGCCACCGCCGUGAACCAGCCAGGUUUGAGGAAGCAUUCCUUUGUCUUUGUCGGCUUCGUGGACGACACACAGUUCCUGUGCUACAACAAUCAGGGGAAAAGUCAGAGAAUGGAGCCUCGCGCGCAGUGGGUGAAACAGAUGGGGCCGGAGUAUUGGGAGCGGCAGACCAGAACCGUCAAGGACAUUGAGAAGAAUUCCCUAGUGAACUUGCGGGAGGCCAUGGGCGUCUACAACCACAGCAAGGAUGGCUCUCACGUCUUUCAGUGUGUGUCUGGCUGCGAAGUGGGGCCAGAUGGACUCUUCCUCCGUGGGCAUGAGGAGCACGCAUACGACGGCCGCAAUUACCUCGCCCUAAAUGAGGACCUGCAUUCCUGGACCGCAGGCGAUGUGCCAGCGCAGAUCACGCUGCGCAAGUGGGAGGAGACCGGUGUCUCCGAGCAAAGGCGAUCCUACUUGAUGGGCGAGUGUGUGGAUUCACUCCGCACAUACCUGGAGAUAGGGAAGGAGACUCUGCUAAGAGCAGAUCCUCCAAAAGCACAUGUGGCUCAUCACCCCAGACCUGAAGGUGAUAUCACCCUGAGGUGCUGGGCCCUGGGCUUCUACCCUUCAGACAUCAUCCUGACCUGGCAGCGGGAUGAAGAGGACCUGACUCAGGACAUGGACCUCGUUGAGACCAGGCCUGCAGGGGAUGGAACCUUCCAGAAGUGGGCAGCUAUGGUGGUGCCUUCUGGAGAGGAGCAGAGAUACACAUGUCAUGUGCAACAUGAGGCACUAACUCAGCCCCUCCUUCUGAAAUGGGACUCUUCUAAGCACACCAUCCCGAUCAUGGGAAUCACUGCUGGCCUGGUUCUCCUUGGAGUUGUGUUCACUGGAGCUGUGGUUGCCAUGGUGAUGAGGAAGCGGAGAGGGUCCCACACUGUACCUCAGGCUGGGCUGGAACUCACUAGUUAGCUGUGAAUGUUAAUCUUCAUUGUCAGCCUGAUUGGAUUUAGACUCUCCCAGGAAAUGUCUGUGAAGGUGUUUCCAGAGAAGAUGAAUCUGAGGCAGGGAGAGCUGCACUGAAUGUUUUGGGGGCCCAGACUGAAGACAUGCGAGGAAGAGGAGAAAGCUAGGUGAGAGCCAGCAUCCCCACACUCUGCUCCUGAUGAGUUGAGAGAUGUGAGUCCAGUCACAUGCACCAGCUGCUGUGAACUCCACCAUGCCUUCCCAGCCAGGAUGAGAUAGAUGUACCUUCUUAAGUCAAAUCCCAAAAUAAAUCCUUCUUGCCUUGUUGA